CCAUCAGAUAAAAGUUCGGGAAAAGUGACAUUUCCGGUCAAAAAUUGUUGAAAUUUUCGAUUCGUUUAAAAUGGCAAUAGCACGGCCCAGGGGCAUGGAAUUUGACCAUAACUGGCCAGAGAGUUCAGAAUGUCUUACACUUGACUUUGGCCCAUUUGAAACCGUUCAUCGUUGGAAACGUAUGCCUGAAUGUGAUGAAUUCGUGGGGGCUAGGAGAAGUAAACAUACUGUGGUGGCUUACAAAGAAGCUGUCUAUGUUUUUGGUGGUGAUAAUGGGAAAAACAUGCUGAAUGACUUGUUAAGAUUUGAUGUGAAGGACAAAUCAUGGGGAAGGGCAUUUACAAUGGGUUUACCACCAGCACCAAGAUAUCACCAUUCAGCAGUUGUUCAUGAAGGCAGCAUGUUUGUCUUUGGUGGAUACACAGGUGAUAUACACUCCAAUUCAAACCUGACAAACAAGAACGAUCUAUAUGAGUACAAAUUUGCAACAGGACAGUGGGUACAGUGGAAGUUUGAAGGAAGGCGUCCAGUAGCAAGAGCAGCACAUGGGGCAGCGGUAUAUGACAACAAAUUGUGGAUAUUUGCUGGGUAUGAUGGAAAUGCAAGAUUGAAUGAUAUGUGGACAAUACCUCUUACUGGAUCUGCUGAAGUUAGAACAUGGGAGGAGGUUGAUCAGACAGGAGAUAUUCCACCUACUUGCUGUAAUUUUGCUCUGGCUGUUGCAAGAGAUGCAAUGUUUGUGUUCUCAGGACAAAGUGGCGCCAAAAUAACCAAUAACCUCUUCCAGUUUAAUUUCAAGGAAAACCUAUGGACUAGAAUCUCAACUGAACAUAUACUCAGGGGUUCCCCACCCCCUCCAGAGAAGAGGUAUGGUCACACUAUGGUAGCCUUUGACAGGCAUCUGUAUGUUUUUGGUGGGGCCACUGGACAAACCUUACCAAAUGAUCUGCAUUGUUUUGACUUAGAUUCUCAGACAUGGUCUAUCAUAGAACCAUCACCUGAAAGUAUGAUUCCCGCUGGGAGAUUGUUCCAUGCGGCAGCCGUCGUGACAGAUGCGAUGUAUGUGUUUGGCGGAACAGUGGACAACAACGUGAGGAGUGGAGAGAUGUAUAGAUUUCAGUUUUCUAGCUAUCCUAAGUGCACACUACAUGAUGACUAUGGCAGAUUGCUUGAAAGUCAACAGUUCUGUGAUGUUAUCUUUAUAGUUGGACAGGACAAAGUAAGAAUACCAGCUCACACGGCUCUUGUUGCUGCGAGGUCACCAUGGUUACAACAGAAAAUACGACAAACAAAGACACAGGAACACAAUGACCUUGUGGAUGAAGGUGAAGGUCAUCAGAGUUUAAAGGUCAGUUGUAUAGAGGUGACCUUGGAAGACGCUGAGCCGCAGGCAUUUCAGCUGGUGCUUGCUUACAUAUAUAGAGACAGAAUUUAUCCACAGCAGGGUGAUAGGGACGACAGACAGCUGUCCAGUAACGAAGUGACCUUGUUAAUGAUGGAUGUGUACAGACUGGCACUAAAGUUUCACAUGCGAAGGUUGGAACAGCUGUGUGUACAGUAUUUGGAAGCCAGUAUAGGGCACAAUAAUGUUCUAGUGGCCUUACAAAAUGCUGCAAGACUGAAACUCGACUUCUUGAAGGAGUAUUGUUUAAAGUUUAUAGUGAAAGACCAUAACUAUAACACGAUCAUAAUGAGUGAAGAGUUUGAGACCUUGGAACAGACAUUAAUGGUGGAAAUUAUACGCCGGAAAACUCAGCCCCAUCACAGAUCACUGGCUGAGCCUCAUUUUGACCAGGCUCUAACUAAUUCAUUAGAAAAAGACAUGGAGAAUUUUCUCAAAACAAGUGGUCAAGAAUUCUGCGACAUUACACUGCUUCUGGACAAUGUUCCUGUUUUGGCACAUAAGGCGGUAUUGGCGGCACGGUGUACAUAUUUUGAGUCCAUGUUCAGGUCAUUCAUGCCUGAAAAUAAUACUGUAAAGAUUGCUAUAGGAGAAAUGGUGCCUUCUAGACAAGCCUUUGACAGUUUGAUGAGAUAUAUCUACUAUGGUGAGGUUUCCAUGCCACCGGAAGAUUCUCUAUAUCUGUUUCCUGCACCAUACUUCUAUGGCUUCACAAACAAUAGAUUACAGGCAUACUGCAAGCACAAUCUGGAGAUGAACGUAACGUGUCAGAACGUGGUACAGAUUCUCGAGGCAGCAGAUCGUAUACAGGCAGUAGAUAUGAAGAAACAUGCUCUCAGCAUCAUAGUCCAUCAUUUUCCAAAGGUUGCUAAGUUACCACAGAUCGGCAGACUGAGUCGUGAAUUGUUGCUGGAUAUUCUGGAGGCUAUAGCAGACGACAUGUCAGAAAACAGGAUAUGCCAGGACUUGUCCAGUAGCAGCCUUACUGAUUCAAGCUAUACAUGAAAUAUGAAUAUCUCCAUUAUGUGUUCUGUUUAUAAACAUGUGUUCUAAACUACAUGAUUUAAAGUUUAUAAAAAGGCCUAGCCAUAGAAGCUGACUGCAACAAAAAUUACAAAAAACUUCACCUCCCUCCCCACCCCCAAAUUUCCAGUCAGAACUAUGACUGCUAUAUAAUGCUAUAUAGCCUAUAUGUGUAGUCACAUAGAUACAUUUUUUCAUGAAACAAGUAACUUUAUGCCAUUUUUGUGCUGCCAAGAUUUUUUUUUUGGUGGAGGGGCACUUAAAGAGUUGCCCUGUCUGUAAGUUGGUCCAAAUUUGUGUUGUGCAUAUCUCAAAAAAAUAUUUAACACAGAGUCAUAAAGCCACCUUGCAUUAUCAUUCAGCAUGUUAAGUAAUGCAUGGGAUUUCACUCGGACAUACCAGAGUUAUGGCCCUUGACAGUAAAAAAAAAUGUAUGAAAAAUUUCUAAAAGUUUGUAUCUCAAAAAGUGUUUGACCAAAACACUAGGAUUAUUAUUUAGCAUGUGAAGUUGUGCACCUGGGGUUUUAUUUGAGGACCAGAGUUAUGGCCCUUGACUUAGUCAAAAAUAUGCAUAAAAGUUUGUGUCGCCUGCAUCUCAAAACAUAAUAGACUUAGAGUUGUAAAAUGUUAGAGAUAUAGCAUGUGAAGUUGUGUACCUGGUGUUCUGUUUUGGAUUUCACUCAGCCAGAUCAGAGUUAUGGUCCUUGAAAGAGACAAUUACACAUGGAAAUGCUUAAAAGUUUGUGUUGCAUAUAUCUUAAAAAAUAUUUGACCUAGUCAUGAAACCAUGUAGGAAUAUAACUUGGUAUGUAAAGUUGUUCACCAGAGUUUUUAGCUCGACUAUUCGAAGAAUAGUCUAGCUAUUCUACUCACCCUGGCGUCGGCGUCGGCGUCGGCGUCACACCUUGGUUAAGUUUUUGCAUGCAAGUACAUACAGCUAUCAUUUAAAGGCAUAUAGCUUUGAAACUUAUUUAUUCUUUUUCUAGGACAAUUACCAACCUCACUGGGUCAAGUUCCAUAACUCUAACAUGUAUUUUGAGCAAAUUAUGCCCCCUUUUGGACUUAGAAAAUUUUGGUUAAAGUUUUACAUGCAAGUUACUAUCUCCAAAACUAAUGCAGAUAUUGAAUUGAAACUUCACAUGUGUCUUUGGGGUUAUAAAACUAUUUGAUAGCACCAAGUCCCAUAACUCUGACCUUCAUUUUGGCCAAAUUAUGCCCCCUUUUGGACUUAGAAAAUUCUGGUUAAAGUUUUGCGUGCAAGUACAUACAGCUAUUACUAAAAGGCAUAUAGAUUUGAAACUUAUUUUUUCUUUUUCUAGAUCAAUUACCUACCUCACUGGGUCAAGUCCCAUAACUCUGACAUGUAUUUUGAGCAAAUUAUGCCCCCUUUUGGACUUAGAAAAUCCUGGUUAAAGUUUUACAUGCAAGUUACUAUCUCCAAAACUAAUGCAGAUAUUGAAUUGAAACUUUACAUGUGUCUUCGGGGUUAUAAAACUAGUUGAUAGCACCAAGUCCCAUAACUCUGACCUUCAUUUUGGCCAAAUUAUGCCCCCUUUUGGACUUAGAAAAUUCUGGUUAAAGUUUUGCGUGCAAGUACAUACAGCUAUUACUAAAAGGCAUAUAGAUUUGAAACUUAUUUUUUCUUUUUCUAGAUCAAUUACCUACCUCACUGGGACAAGUCCCAUAACUCUGACAUGUAUUUUGGGCAAAUUAUGCCCCCUUUUGGACUUAUAAAAUCCUGGUUAAAGUUUUACAUGCAAGUUACUAUCUCCAAAACUAAUAUAGAUAUUAAAUUGAAACUUCACAUGUGUCUUCGGGGUUAUAAAACUAGUUGAUAGAAUCAAGUCCCAUAACUCUGACAUGUAUUUUGGGCAAAUUAUGCCCCCUUUUGGACUUAGAAAAUUCUGGUUAAAGUUUUGCGUGCAAGUACAUACAGCUAUUACCAAAAGGCAUAUAGCUUUGAAUCUUAUUUAUUCCUUUUCUAGGUCAAUUACCAGCCUCACUAGGUCAAGUUCCAUAACUCUUAACAUGUAUUUUGAACAAAUUAUGCCCCCUUUUGGACUUAGAAAAUUCUGGUUAAAGUUUACAUGCAAGUUACUAUCUCCAAAACUAAUGCAGAUAUUGAAUUUAAACCUAACAUGUUUCUUCGGGGUUAUAAAACUAGUUGAUAGCAUCAAGUCCCAUAACUUUGAUAUGUAUUUUGGUCAAAUUAUGUCCCCUUUCGAACUUAAACUCUUUUGAUAUUUAACAUUUUGGGUAAUAAUUUCCUGCUUCUGUGACAAUAUUUCGAAUAGUCGAGCUUGUCUGUCUUACGGACAGCUCUUGUUGUUUUGGGUUUCACUGUGCAAUACCAAAGUUAUGGCCCUUGACGUAGUCAAAAAUAUUCAUUAAGGUCAUAAAAGUUUGUGUUGCAAUUGACUUAUGCAGUAGAACAACUUACAGUGCAAGCACUGCAUGAAAUAUAGACAUAUUUUCGCAAAAAUUACUUACAUCUCUCAGCAGUCAUAAAAUUUAUUAAAAUAUAAACUCUGGUCACCUGAUUACUUAGGACCAUGGCAAAUGAAUAUGGAAUUAUCUUGAAAUAAUAAAACUGACCUGAAUUUUCUUUAUUUAGUUUGCGAUAAAAAAUCAGGAAAACUGAAAUAAAAAACUUGUUAAAUUCAUUCUUUGUUUUGCACCUUUGAAAUUUCAAGACAUCAUUUCUGUUUACAGACUGUUUCACACACAAUUUAUUUAAAUAUGCUACUGUAAGAAAAUAGUAUUAUAAAGAAAAUCAUUCAUUUUAUUUGAUUUAUCUGUUAUUUGUAAGAUACUAUGUGCAAGAAAAAAAAUUUAUCACUGUCUGUGCAUGUGGAAACUUUCGGCUCUCUGGUAACUGAGUUUGCUGUAACUUGCUGCAUUUACAUUCACCCUUGAGCAGAAGAUCUUUGUCUGCAACAGCAACCAGUCGCAAGUUCUUAAAAUGUGGAUCAAAUCCGCUUGAGAGAGUUUUUUUUUCUCAAGUUUUUUCUCGUGUUCACUGUGCUAUUUGAUGGGAUUUGAGAUAUUGUUUUGACAGUUUUAUUUUUACUGUUAUGGGCGUAAAUAGGAACCUUGUUAAUGUGCAAUAUUUGAUGCUUUGUAAAUUUUUUAUUAUGUACAUUUAUUGACAUUCUGCAUCUUGUGCCAAUGCAUUUGUGAUCUUUUAUUGUCUCAUUCUAAGUCAGUUACGUGGACUGUGAUUAAGUUCUUACCCAGAGUUCAAGGGUUUAAAUCUUUUGAGUUUUUACCUAGUAUGCAUAUAGUGUAAAAUUUAAGAGUCUUCUAGUCAGAAAACUCUGACCUAAUUUAAGAAUAAUUUCAGACAUUUUCCUUUCGAAAUCACAAACAAAAAUCGUUUAAAAGUGUGAAACUCGGGUGAUCUGAGGUCAUAUUGACCUGUUUUUACUGCAAACUUGAAUUUCAGUCAUUUUUGUGCAAAAUUACAAAUUCCAUUGCAUUAUGAAGAAAAGGCAUUUACUAGCAAAGUUGCAUUUUGGGUCACUAAAAUGAAAGCAGUUUUAGAAUCCUCUUCAAAAUUUUCUACUUGUACUGUAAGAGACAUUGCUAAUGAUGUAAAAUUCAUGUACAUCAUUUGAACCGCACCAUGAGAAAACCAACAUUGUGCAUCUGCACAGUCUGGUCAGGAUCCAUGCUGUUUGCUAUCGAUUUCUCUAAUUGCAAUAGGCUUUGAAAGCAAACAGCAUGGAUCCUGACAAGACUGCGCAGAUGUGCAGGCUGGUCUGGAUCCAUGCUGGUCGCAAAUGCGCUAUGUUGGUUUUCUCAUUUGUGAAAAAAAUACUGUUGCAUAAAGUUUGCUUUAUAAUUUUCCACUGGUAAAAUUGCCAGUUACUUGCAGGCCAAGCUGGAUAAAACUGGCAAAAUAACAUGGAGUAAGGCAUGCUUUUGUUUUGGGUUUAUUGCAAUUUUACAAUAGUAUUUCAGUUAUACUGGUGGGAAAUUAGCCUAACCAGUGCUCCUGGGUUCUGUACCAGUACUUAGUACUUACCUGUUUUCGGUAAAUAACUGCUAACUUCACAUGAACCAGAGUGGAGGCUGGAUAAUUUCAGACACUGUUUUAUCAAAUCGUCACAGAGAACAUACACCUCACCCUGGGAUCAAACACAUGACUCCACAGUCUUUAGAUCUGCGCUUUCCCUAUUAAACUACGCGGAUGGGCAGUCAUUCUCUGUAAAAACUAAAGUGACAGGAAAAAAAUGAGAUUUGAUUUGGUUUUAAUAAGGAUAGCUUUUUUAUCUUUCAUACAUUUGUUAAAACAAAAUCUCUGUGUUUUAUAACAGUAUGAAACAAUAUUGGUUGAGAACUUCACACUUGUAUAUGUUUAUAUAAAAAGAAUUUGAACUACUGCCUUACCCUUGCAUGAAUGCAAGGGCUGACUGAUAGGGUCUGAAUAAUUGUUUUGGUGUAUCUCUGUGAUUCUAGCAGGUAAUGUGAUUGUAAGUGUUGAUUUCAUAGCUCAUACUUUCAUUUUGAUGUAAAGGAGACAUAGAACAAACACUGUUAGUCCAGUUUGACUCCAUAUUACUUGACUGUGUCGGUGCUCCUUAAAACCCAAAUUAUUUCAUUUGGACUUCACACUCAACUGUUAAACAUUGUUGCUAAAUGUGUAUGUUCAGUGAAUUAUGAUAGCUUGUUUAUAAGCAUUGUUUGUACAUGUAUAUAUUUUCUAUAGUAAGAUCUUGUUAAAUAUGUUGUUUUAUUAGCUCGACUGUACGAAGUAUAAGGAGAGCUAUCCUACUCGCCCCGGCGUCGGCGUCUUUCCGCGUCCCCACCUUGGUUAAAGUUUUGGUGCACUUUCUCUUUUUUCAGCUUAUCUCUGUAAUUACUUGAUGGAUUUGAUUCAGACUUGAAAUACUUAUUCCUCGUCAUCAUCCACAUCAUCUGACAUAAGGGCCAUAACUCUGGCAUCAUUUUUUCAUGAAUUAUUCCCCCUUUUUACUUAGAAUUUCAGGUUAAAGUUUUGGUGCACUUUCACUCUACCUCUGUUAUUACUGAAUGGAUUUGAUUCAAACUUAAAAUAGUUGUUCAGCAUCAUCACCCACAUCAUAUGACACAAGAUACCUAACUCUGGCACAAUUUUUCAUGAAUUAUUCCCCUUUUUACUUAGAAAUCUCUGUUAUUACUGAAUGGAUCUGAUUCAAACUUAAACAAUUGUUCAACAUCAUUACCCUUAUCAUAUGACACAAGGUGCAUAACUCUGGCCUCAAUUUUUCAUGAAUUAUUUCCCCUUUUUACUUAGAAUUUUAGGUUAAAUUUUUGAUGCACUUUCACUCUGUCUCUGUUAUUACUGAAUGGAUUUGAUUCAAACUUAAAAUAGUUGUUCAACAUCAUCACCCACACCAUAUGACGCAAGGUGCAUAACUCUGGCACCAAUUUUUCAUUAAUUAUUCCCCCUUUUUACUUAGAAUUUUAGGUUAAAGUUUUGAUGCACUUUCACUCUGUCUCUGUUAUUACUGAAUGGAUAUGAUUCAAACUUAAAAUAGUUGUUCAACAUCAUCACCCACACUAAAUGACACAAGCUGCAUAACUCUGGCACCAAUAUUUAAUGAAUUAUGCCCCUUUUUGCUUAGGAUAUACUUAUAUAAUGUUUUGAUACAUUUUAUCUUUACCUCUCUUAUUACUUUAAGUUGAUAUUUUUGACAUAGACUUGGGCUAUUGUGCAAUAUCUUCAUCCACAAUUGGAGUCAUUAAACACUCCAGUGACAGCUCUAGUUUCCUCAGAUGUGUCCAGUUUCACUCUCCAACAUUGAAAUAGUCGAGCGCUGUCUCCUGUGACAGCUCUUGCUAAGUAUCUUGUUGGAAGUCGGAAAGUAAAAUAGAAAAGUAAAAUCUACUGAAGUAAAAA